UUGGUUCAUUGAGGUUGAAGGAAAUCCGGCCAAUACAGAAAAAUAAUAGAGUCUCACAUCUAUGGUCUGCAAGCGUCUACAUUGUCGCUUUCGGUAGCUUUGAAGUGUGUAGAUAAACCGCGUUUAUUCCAAAUUGCUUGUGAGUGGGGAUUAUUACAGGUUGCGAGUUUCUGGUAACGUUGCAGGUGUGUUUUUGUUUCUCCUCCCACCCCGGAACACUCAAUCGAGUCGUCGUUAUUUUUAUUUCUUACGGUGACGUGGAGUCGGACCCCUUCUUCUUCUUUUAAACCCAUUCACGUGUCCGUAAAAGUACUUGGUGUACACGGAUAUGAACGUAGUGAACACAUAGCGCUACGCUGCAUCGAGGAUUUCCAAUAUGUUUAGCUUUAGCGUUAAAUAUUUACACUGAGAUCCACUGUCGGCUCAUACCAGAGCAAAGGGGACUGUGACGCGGCCUGGAGACCAAGGAUUCCGGAGAACAGACGUUUUUUUUUUGUUUGUUUGUUUUUUUUUGGCUGUGUGCAGCAUCGAGGCUGAAGUGACCCCGCAGUCAGACUGGGGUUAUGCGUCGUGGAAUGGGGCACUUGCCGGGUGGCUGUCAGAGGACGAUGGUGCUGCAACGUGUCUUGAUCCUGUGCUUGUUCUCCGGCUGGGCAGCGAGCUACAAGCAGGGAGACAAUGUGACUCUUUAUGUCAACAAAGUGGGUCCUUAUCAUAACCCCCAGGAGACAUAUCACUACUACACCUUGCCGGUUUGCAGGCCAGAGAAGGUGCACCACAAAUCGCUGAGUCUGGGCGAAGUGCUGGAUGGGGACAGGAUGGCAGAGUCUCUGUAUCACAUCCGCUUCAGAGAGAACGUCGAGAAAAAAACCCUUUGCCACCUCACUCUUUCAGAAAAACAGGUGGACGAACUUCGCGAGGCCAUCGAGGAGCUGUACUACUUUGAAUUUGUCCUGGAUGACAUACCCAUCUGGGGCUUUGUUGGGUACAUAGAGGAGAGCGGCUUCCUCCCUCACAGCCACAAGGUCGGUUUGUGGACGCACCUGGACUUCAACAUCGAGUACAACGGCGACUCCGUGAUCUUCGCCAACGUCUCGGUGAAGGACGUCAAGCCGGUCCCCCUGGAGGAGGGGGCCGGCGCGGCGGUGGGCGGAGUCGGGGUGGGCGGGGGCAGCCUGACGGUCACCCACACCUACAGCGUGCGCUGGUUCGACUCCACCCUGCCUCACGCCCGCAGGGCCGAGCGCCUCCGGGACUACUCGUUCUUCCCCAAAACGCUGGAGAUCCACUGGCUGUCCAUCAUCAACUCGCUGGUGCUGGUGGUGCUGCUGCUGGGCUUCGUCAUCAUCAUCCUCAUGCGAGUCCUGAAGAACGACUUCGCCAGGUACAAUGUGGAGGAGGAGGGAGGCUGCGAUGACCUGGACCAAGGGGACAAUGGCUGGAAAAUCAUCCACACCGAUGUCUUCAGGUUCCCCCCCUUUAAGAGCCUGCUGUGCGCCGUGCUGGGAGUCGGCGCUCAGUUCCUGACCCUCGCCACAGGGAUUAUUCUCAUGGCGCUGCUGGGAAUGUUCAACGUCCACCGCCACGGUGCCAUCAACUCUGCGGCCAUCGUCCUGUACGCCCUGACCAGCUGCGUGUCGGGCUACGUCUCCUGCAGUUUCUACACGCAGAUCAACGGCCAGCGCUGGGUGUGGAACAUCAUCCUCACGUCUUCCCUUUUCUCCGCUCCCCUGUUCCUCACGUGGAGCGUCGUGAACUCCAUCCACUGGUGGAGCGGCUCCACUCAGGCCCUGCCGGCCACCACCGUCCUCCUCCUGCUCGGCGCCUGGGUGCUGGUGGGCUUCCCGCUCACCGUCAUCGGUGGAAUCGUGGGGAAGAACCGGGCCGGCAGCUUCCAGGCGCCGUGCCGCACACGCAACAUCGCCCGGCAGAUCCCGACGCAGCCCUGGUACAAGCACGCGGUCGUGCACAUGGCCAUCGGGGGCUUCCUGCCCUUCAGCGCCAUCUCAGUGGAGCUGUACUACAUAUUCGCCACCGUCUGGGGCCGAGAGCACUACACCCUCUACGGCAUCCUGCUGUGCGUCUUCGCCAUCCUCCUCUCAGUGGGCGCCUGCAUCUCCGUGGCGCUGACUUACUUCCUGCUGUCGGGCGAGGACUACCGGUGGUGGUGGCGGAGCGUCCUCAGCACCGGCUCCACCGGCCUCUUCAUCUUCGUCUACUCGGUCUUCUACUACAGGAACCGGUCGUCCAUGAGCGGCCUGGUGCAGAGCACGGAGUUCUUCGGCUACUCUCUGCUCACGGCCAUGGUCUUCUCGCUGAUGCUGGGCAGCGUGUCGUUCUGGGCCUCGCUGGCGUUUAUCCGUUACAUCUACCGCAGCCUCAAGAUGGACUAGACGCGGGGGACGGUCGCACGUGACUCAAACAUUUCCCGAUAGCACACAUGGACAAUCUUCAUCCUCCUCUCUCGCUCUUUCACUCACACACAAACGCCUCCUAUUGUGAAACGGGAGGAGAAACAGGGGCCUUUACCUUGAUUUAAAAUUAAUUAACUUGGACAAAUGUCAUUGCUGGUAUAAAGGGACGGAUGGAUUUAUGGAUGAAAUGGGAUAUUUUAGUGAAAAGGGAUGAUCGCGGGUCAAAUGUAUGAUAUGCUAGAAGAGUGAAUGGAUAUUUUAACAAUACAGCGCUGGGCAUCAUCUGCUCUGAUUCUACUUCCACCGAGCCUGGACAGGAGUUAUAACAUGUUCUAUAUUCCCCACAUUACAAUGCUGCUGACUAGUAUCGUAGUUAGGUUACGCAACAACGCAACGUGGCACUUCUUGCAGUUCUACACCCUCCCACAUGUACAACUGUGGCAGCUUUGUUGAGAUAUAUGUAACAUUAAUUUUGCACUGGUCCCGUUAAAGCGCCACGUGGUCCUGCAGUGGAUAAGGGGGAACGAUGCCUUGUAGAAUGAAGAAGUGUGUGUUGGUGAUGGGAGCAAUAUUGUCACGGUUUCUCUGGUCAUCGCCGACGGUCGGUUUGGUUCUGAUGUAAAUAUGGUCUUUUCGAUAAAAUGCUUUGUAAUACAACAUCAGCAGCAAA